AUGAAUACCGAAAGGCUUCUGGGUCCAAAAAACCGAGAACAAAAGGUUUGGGAUGUUAUUGCGGGGAGCAAUCGGAGGUGGCGCCUCUCGAUGGUGCCAAGACCUUCAGAAGUGACCACCUUGCGUAGCUCUCGCUCUUCCCAUCUCAACUCACGGCGCUCACCAUUGGCAUCUCAGCCCUAUUCAUUCCUUGGUUUCAUGUUUCUAUCUUGA